UGAAUUAUCCUAUACACAAAAAUGGACUUUGUAAGUUGCACAAUGAUCUUUGUAUUGGCAUGUGUGACCAUGCAUGCACUUUGUUUACUCUUUACAAAAUCCACAAAACCUAACUACAAGCUUCCUCCGGGACCCUCCCGGCUUCCGAUAAUUGGAAGCCUCCUUGACAUGGGGGAAAAGCCUCACUUGUCUUUGUCCAAGCUGACGAAGAUUCAUGGUCCAAUAAUGAGUCUGCAGCUUGGACAAAAGACAUCAGUAGUGGUCUCUUCAGCCGAAAUGGCGAAAGAGAUACUUCUAACCCAUGACCACCUCUUGUCAAACCGACCAAUUCCACAAUCCGUGUCGGUUCUCAACCAUGAACACUACAGCUUUGCAUUUAUUCCCAUUUCGCCCCUUUGGCGCGAAAUGAGAAAAAUAUGCAACACUCAACUAUUAUCCCACAAGAAUCUUGAUGAUAGCCAACACGUCAGGCGUAAGAAAAUGCAACAACUCCUUAAUGAUGUUCACCAUAGCAGCCAAAUCGGUGAAGCUGUCGAUAUUGGAACACUAGGGUUCAAGGCUACCAUAAAUCUGUUAUCUAACACCAUUUUCUCCAUAGAUUUGAUUGACUCUACAGAUGCAGCGGGAGAGUUCAAGGAUCUGGUUACCAACAUCACAAACCUUGUUGGAACACCAAACUUGGCUGAUUUCUUCCCCGUGUUGAAGAUGAUUGACCCACAAGGCAUUAACCGAAGGCAGGCUAAGAACGUAACAAAGGUUCUUGAUAUCUUCGACCGUUUGAUUAACCAACGAUUGAAGCUAAGAGAAGAUGGUUUUCAUAGCAAAAAUGACAUGUUGGAUUCUCUACUCACCAUUUCCAAGGACAACAAGUUGAUUGAUAAAACACUCAUUGCACAUCUAUUCCAUGAUAUAUUCGUUGCCGGAACAGACACAACGGUAUCUACCUUAGAAUGGGCAAUGAGUGAAUUAGUUCGUAACCCACAAGUUAUGGAAAAGGCUAAAGAGGAAUUAGUUGAAAUAGUUGGCAACAAUGGUAGUGUCCCUGUUGAGGAGUCAGAUAUUUCGAAACUACCAUACUUACAAGCAGUAAUAAAAGAGACGCUACGCCUGCACCCACCAGUUCCAUUCUUGUUGCCACGAAAAGCUGAAAUUGAUGUGGACAUUGGUGGCUACACCAUCCCAAAAGAUGCUCAAGUCAUGGUUAAUGUGUGGAACAUUGGAAGGGAUCCAAGCUUGUGGGACAAUCCAACAUUGUUUUCUCCGGAGAGGUUCAUAGGUUCGGAUAUUGAUGUUAAAGGAACGAACUUUGAACUGGUUCCGUUUGGUGCUGGAAGAAGAAUAUGUCCCGGAUUACAAUUGGCUAAUAGGAUGUUGUAUUUGAUGUUGGGUUCAUUGAUCAACUCCUUUGAUUGGAAGCUUCAACAUGGAAUGAGAUUAGAAGAUAUUGACAUGACUGAGAAAUUUGGAAUUACCCUCCAAAAAGCUCAACCACUUAAAGUUUUUCCAAUCAAAAUAAGCAACUGAUCAGUAAUGUUUGUGCUGUGAUGCUUGCAUGU